GAUAUACCCUCUACAGUUCGCAGAAGCCGUGGCCGACAUCUUCGAAGACCUGAAAUCUACCUGCAAGGGCUGCCCAAGUCUGCCGAGCCAGGUUCCAGCAGGCCUCGAGCUGUACGCUUCUGCCACCACGCCAGAGGAUGUCCGCCUCAUGUACGAGACAGCUAAUUUUGGAGAUGUGUACGAUUAUCUGCGGGGUUGCAAAUACUUGCACAUCCCAGAAGAAUGGCGAUGUCAUUUCCCCGUACGUGGUAAGUGA